AUGCCAGACUUGGGACCAGGUGGAUUUGCCAGGAAAGACCUAACCAUACUCUCCUAUAAUGUACAUGGUUUAAAUGUCAGGGAGAAGUGCAAAAGACUUUUGCGGGACCUGAAACACUACAAGGCAUCGAUAGCGUUUCUCCAAGAAACGCACUUUCAAGAAGGCAGAGCACCGGCACUGAAGGAUCGCAAUUUUAGAAUUGGAUACUUUAGCAACAACCCGGAUAGACGCACGCUGGGACUAGAUAUCCUAUUCUCCAGCAGAACCCCAUACACAGAACAAGCCACCGUCAGAUGCAAACAAGGCAGAUAUAUCUUCACCAAAGGCACAAUCCUCGAACAAACCUACACGUUCGCCAAUGUCUACGCCCCGAACACGAAACAGAACCACUUCCUCUGGAACGCACUAACUACCCUGAUGAAGUUCGCAGAAGGCACUCUGAUCAUGGGGGGAGAUCUGAAUCUGACCCAGAUCAAGAUUCUACAUCUGCUCACGGAACAACCCCGCAUAACAGACAGGCAAACACACUCCGCCUAUUACACCAACACCAAUUGGUAG